AUGGCGCAGAAGGGGUCCCCGAGGCCUAGAGGGGCCGGUCAGAGCGGGGCCCCGGGGCUCUGCAGCGACCGCUACCCCCACGGCCCCUCCCCGUCUUCCUAUGUGCCCGGCGCCGUCCGAAGGGGCAGGGGACCCCGGCCCAGCCCUGCCGCCGUCCUCCCGGCCCCGGCCCGCCUACCUGCCCGGGGCGAAGGUCAGGGGGCGCCCGGGCUCUGGCAACGCGUCUCCCGCGACCGCGCUCCGCCCCGAAGCCCCCACUCUAGGGGGACCCGGAACUCCAGACCCAGCGGGCUCCGAAGCCCCGGCGCGCCGCCACAGACCCCGGAGGUGCCCUGGCGGCGGGCGCGCCCUGCUGGCGUCACAGGACGUCAGCCAAUAGCAGCGCGCCCUACGGCGGAGGGGCGGGUCCGGCUCUGGGGGCGGGGCCCAUCCUUGUGCGCGCCCUCUGGGUCUCAGUGCGCCUGCGCGAUUAAGGAUGCCUCUGGUCGUCACGUGCUUUCCCUCCACGUGGCCGCAUCCCCGCUACAUCCCGAGGGUCGCGCGUGGCGCGGAGGAGGCAGCGGGUGGCGCCCACCGACACUCGGGGAGCAUGAGGCCUGCGUGUCCGCCGCGGCCGGGGCUCCUGCCGCACGUCCCCAGCCGCGGGGCCCGAGCGCCGAGUCCGCAGGGCGGAGCGGGGGGGACGGAGGCGCAGCCCCCAGCCCCGAGGACAGGACCCCGGGAGCGGUGCUGGACCCAGAAGGCCGCUCCUGCCGGCGCCCCGGGCCGCUGGCGCCAGGGGUCCCAAGGGACGAGGGUGCAAACCACGGCAGCGUCUCGGGUGGAUUUUUUGGUCUUCGCACGUGUGUGCUCCUUGGUGGGGAGGGUCUGGGGGACGCAGUGCGGGUCCCCUCGGCGACAGCUGCUGACCCCCCGCCCCCGGCGCCCAGCAGGACACAGGAGCCCGUGCGGCUGGCCCUGCGUGUCCGCCGCGGCCGUGGCUCCUGCCGCGACGUCCCAGCCGCGGGGCCCGAGCGCCGAGUCCGCAGGGGCAGAGCGGCUGGGGGGUGUGGGACGGAGGCGCAGCCCCAGCCCGAGGACAGGACCCGGGAGCGGUGCUGGACCCAGAAGGCCGCUCCUGCCGGCUCCCCGGGCCGCUGGCGCCAGGGGUCCCAAGGGACGAGGGUGCAAAGCGGGGAGCGGGUCUGGGGGAGGCUGGUGCUGUACGUUUUGGCUGGGUUGCAUUUAACGCAGCUGUGGGACAUGCAGAGGGUGCUGCAGGUGGCAGCUGGAGACAAGGAUCUGGAGCUGGAAGGUGGAGGUCAGCAGAGGCACUCCGGCCUUGCAAAGCCCCCCUGGGAGCCAGCCCCCCGAGCUUCCAUUCCCCGACCCCCGCCAGUCCUCGGCCGUCCCCCCUUUGGCUUUGCACCCCCUUCCCCUGGUACAAUCUCGCCGAAGCACCUGGUGCCCGGGCUGGAGGGCAACGCUGGCCUGCAGCUCGGUUUUCCAGGGCUGCUCUGCCGGAUUCGGAAGGGGCGGCUUGAAUGUCACCACGGCCAUGUGAGACCUGGAGAAGGAACCACCCACCCAGUCAGCCCCCAAGGCCACGAGAGGAUCAAUAACAGGACUUUGAGCCUGAGUGUGGCCAUCGAGCUGACCCUCGUCCGGCUGCUCAGGGCCUCGUCACCCAGCCCCACUUGGGAAACCUGCCCAGACCCGGUGUCUGUGCCCACUGCAGUGGCCCCCAACUUGUUAUGGGGAGGACAGAGCGUCUCUGUUCCAGCAAAGGUCUCCCUGGGCCUUGGUGGCCAUGGCCGGGCCAGGGCCCCUGACCCCAUACCUGGGCUGGAGAGAGGCCUGGCUGGCGGGGGCCUGGCCUUGCUCUUCUCCCUGGGCUGUGCGGGCAGGGUGCUGGCCACCCCAGCCUGUGCCUUCCCCUUCUGGGUGCCCCAAGUCCCAGGUCUGAGCCUGGCAGAGCUCCCUGCAAGGGGUGAGCCCCACAACCUCCACAGCCAGCGGCUUCGGACCAAGUCGCAGACUGCAGCUGCCCGCGCGGACCUGGCCGUUUCCUCCGGGGUGGUGGGCCCUGCGCCUCCCCCGCCAGGAGGGCUCGGACCCCCCCUCCGUGGACCUGGGGGGCAGCCCUGGGGUGGAGAAGGGGGGAGUCAGUGGAAGGAAGGGGGACGCGCGCCCGGGGUGACUGAGCUCCGGGCCCUGGAUCCUUACUCGGCCGCACUAGCUCCUCGUCGGGGGCCCAGGAAAGGCGGGGCAGGAGGGCAGACAGGGAGGCCCCCGGGCCCCCCAGAGGAGCUGCAGGGCCUCCAUGUGCCCGGGACACCGCCCCAGCCCUGA